AUGAAAAAAUAUAGUUCCUAAAACUCUUUAGAUUCAAAUUUAAACUUAUCUCAAGCCCAAAUUGACCUAUGCUCCUCAAUGUAAAGUCUUCCUUUGUGCUUAUACACAGAUUUAUUCCCAUAAUUUUCACCCAUAAAAGACUAGUAUUCCUAAUUAUAAAGUCCUCUUCCUUAGAAAUAUUAAGAACUUUAAAAUUUUUCUGUGCCUAUAGCUUCAGAGCAAGGAUAAAAUUUCAAUUAAGGUUUUUAAAUCUGUAAACUUUUGGAAAGCAAAGUAAAAUUAGAUACGAAAGUGUAAAUCUAAGAAAGUUCGUAAAAUGAACAAAAGGGAGGAGGUUUUCAAAUUUAAAAAGGGGAAUCCAAGAGGAGUCCAAAAAUGAAAUAGAUUUAGGAGAAUUAGUAAGUUAUAAAGGAAGAUCUUAAUAUGAAUUUAAUGAAUCAAUUUGAGGCAUCAUUUCAAUUACACAAUCCAAAUGAAGAGAAUUAGUUUGAACAACAUGAGUCUAAUUCCAUGUUAUAUGAAACAGAAAAAGGCUAGAGAAAACAUGAUUCCUAUAGCAAAACAAAGACCUAAACUGAAGUAUAGAACCCAAGUAAGCCGAUUUAAAAUGUCGGUAAAGAACCUGAAUUAAUCUUUGAGGAAUUUAUUAGAAGAAAAUUUGUUUAAAUUAAAUAGGGUAAAGAGUAGAAGAUUGAGAAAAAUAUAAAAAAAUAUAUCCUCUCAUUAUACGUUAGUUUAAUAUGUAAAGUUGUUUAAAAGCAUGGUAAAGGAUGUGAAAAUAUCCGAAAUGAAUUGCAAUUAAUACUAUAUAAUAAGUAUAAUGAUUGGAAGACAACUAUUAGCACUUAUUUCUGCAUCAGAAAACAGUAUAAAUAAGACAUACCUAAAGAAAUCCAAAAUAAAAUUGCUAAAUUAACCGAUUACAUAAAAAACAAAAUGUAGGAGCAAAAUAAUUAAGAGGACCCUAAAUUUCCGGAUAAAAAGAAGGAGAGGCCUUAAUUUUCGUUGGAAUAUAUUGAAAAUAAAAAGAAAAAGAAAGUUAGGUUAAAUUGUAAAGCAUUAUAGGCGAGAUUCUAGACAGGAAAACUAAAAUCACUAAUGUUGGACUAAGCUAAAGAAAAGGUUAAAAAAUUAGAACUCAUAGAUAAAUAAGAAUAUGAUUAUUUGAUACAAUAUUUUGAUUUAGUAGUUGAAUUGAAAAAUAUCGGUGGGAUUAAAAAAUCUAUCUAAAUAGAUUCAAAGGAUAUUAAAAACUUACAUGAAAACACAGUAUUGAAAUAAUUUAUUGGUACCAUUUAAAACAUAUUACUAAAAAACCCAGAACAGAAAAAAGAACAAGAGGUAUCAGAAGCACAAGAAACAUUAGAUUAACUACUUUUGGAAGAAUAGAAUAUCAUAUUUGAUUAUUAAGAAACAUAUUAGAAGAUGUUUGUGAAAUUUCUAGAAGAAUUUUAUCAAAGGUAUGAGAAACGCACAGAAAUCAAAAACUAAACAGUAACUAAACCUUAAUUAUUAUAGAUCAAAGAGAAGAUUCAAUAAAAAUAAGAAGAAAAGUCGAAAUAAAUAUGCUAAGAGUAAGAGUAGGUGAGUCCAAUUUAAUGA